UUGAUGUUAUCAUUUUUAAUUAUUUUAUUUGUGCUUGUUAUUACGUUUAGUUUAUCUUAUCUUAUUUUACCUUAAAUUACUGGGAAUUAAUUGUUUUCGUUGUCUCUGGUUGUCAUCUUGGUAUAUUACAAGGCAAAGCAAGGAAAGGUAAUACUUGGACUUUACUAAUUUCAUGUUUAUCCAACUUUUAAAUACAUUUAGUUUGGCCAAAGCUUGGGUUUGUUUUUAUGGAAAUAAGAUUUGAUAGUUUAUGGCUAAAGUGAAGCACUUUACCAGUCUAAAUGAUUUUUUGAACCAUUGAUUGACAAAUAUCUUAUGUGUUGAACGUUUAACCAGCAACAGGAGCUUCCAAUGAAAUCAGAUUAUAAACCUGGUUUUAUUCAAAAGAGUGCUUUUUUCAUGCCUUACAUGCCUUUAUCAUGUUUCACAGUAUAUUAUUUCAUUGGGUUCAGUAUUACAUUGACUGUAUAGUUGAGCUUGGCAACCUAACAAGUCUAACCUGGUAAUCUUUGGAUUUAUCACACUUGGCGUUGUUUUUAUUUCUCCGUUUCCAAUUUGUUUUUAUCAAACCAGUGUAAACACCUCGUUAUCCAUUGAUUUUACUUUCUCAUCUAAUUCACUUGGUAUCACUUAAAAAAAAGAGUUAAGAGGCUUGAAUUAUCAGUGACUGAUUGAAUUAUUGAACGUCAAUUUUGUGCGCAACUCAAUGUGAUUUUAUACUGGAAAUAAAGCCAGUUUCAAUCCACUCUUCAGAGACCAGUUCAGAUUACUAUUUACUUCUCCUCACAGUGUCAAUGUGAAUAUAAUCAUACACAUUCACAUACACAGCUCAGAGUAUAUAACAGCAAAAAGAGGAAGAAAAAGAAAGAGAGGAAAGAAACAAAAACAUUGUAUACUUUUACAGCCAUACAGUAAUACAAAGUUGCCAUUUUACCUUUUUACAGUUGCAUUACAUUUUUCAAUUUUAAUCAUCCCAACCAACCAUCAACCUGAUCAAGCCAUCUACACAAUCAAAUCUACAUUAUUCAAUACAUUGUUACAACCAUUUUUACAAACCUCCUGUUGACUUGUUUACCAGAUUAAUAAUUGGUGUGUGUUGUGUAUUUAUUACCUUAUAUGCGUAUUGCGCUUUUUACCCAUUGAUUGGUAGUAAUGUUGAAUAUUGGUCCACCAUCAGUUUCAAUGCUUCUGGAGAUCGAGAAAUUGGUUCUUGAUGAGAUUUCAGACUUUACACCGAACCAGGGCAUCAGCUUGGGCCCAGCACCAGAAGGACAUCGGGAUCCAAUUGCUAAGCUAUUGUCAACUAGAAGUAAACGAAAUGUUUCUUUAAUCCAAAUUGACAAUGGUGAAAGCUGUGAUGGCGACGAUUUUGAUGAAGGAGAAGCUGAUGAUUGUGAUAGUGGAGAGGAAAAUGAUGAAAAUGAAGAUAUUAGUUGUAAGUCACAAAAAGAUUAUGAUAUCAAAGUUACUUCAGAUGGGCUGAGAAAAAGAAAAGGAACAAAACGACUUGUCCAUAAUAACGAUAAUUUGGCGAAUAUCAAUAACUUAAUUAAUACUGAUGGUGUCAAUUUAGAGUUAAGCUUGGAUGAUAUUUCAGAUGAUGGCUGCCUGUCACCUUGUUGCCAAGAUUGUCGUUCUGGAUUACAAUCACCUGUACAUAUUAUUUCAGGAUUAAAUGGUGAAUCAAACAGGCACAUAAUAGCCAGUCCUGAGAUGAACAAAUUUUUAACCCAUGAGCCUCCUGAUGGCUGUGAAAAAGUGAACAUAACUAGAGAUAUAAAGAAAUGUAAAGAUAAUCAUAACAAUGAAAGGAAAGGUGAAGAUUCACAGCAACAACAAGUUAAUAUUCAAUCGAUGGCUGGAACCAAAGACAAGGACUCAGAUGAAGACGAUUCAAAUGAAACGGAUCAAAUGGCCGAUACAUUGAGUGACAAGACUGAACCCAAACUAAUCAACAGUGAUUCCAAUGGUGAUUCCAGUGAUUCCAAUGGUGCCACUAACAGUGAUGAUGAUUCGGACGGAGAGAGGAACAAGGGAAAUCUUUUGACUUCACCAAUUCAACAAGAGUCUACAUUGAAUGAAAUGCAAACUUCAAUGAUGAAUCAACUUUUAUUGGGUUCAAUUGGUACAACAUUGAGAGAUGUUAAUCCUUUAAGGAAUCCUUUUGAUGAAGAGACGGAAAGUUCAUCAGCUUAUGAUGGUAAUAAUAAUGAAUCUGAAAAUGACAAGGCAAGACGCUUGGAAUCAAUAAUGUUAAAGGGUGAAGAGGACGAUAAGGAUUCAUUGUUGACACCAUCUUUGGGUUCUUCUUCAUCUUCAGAUGGUUCAUUGUCACCUUUUCCAUCCCAAGACUCUUUAGAUGUAAAUGAAGCAGAAAUUUCAUCUUCCUCAGCAUCUUCUUCAUCAUCACCUUCGUCCCCUUCAUUAUCCUCUUCAACAUCUUCUUCACCAGAAUCAACUUUCUCUGCCUUCUCCAGUCUCGUUGAUUCGGAUAAUAUUAAUUCACUUUCACUGCGAUCCCUGAUUAAACGGUUAAAGCCUUUCCAAUCAGCUGAAUCAUCAUCAUUAACAUCAUCGUCCUCAUCAGGGUCACCAAUUAUGCCAGGAUCAGCAUCCUCAUUGUCUGAUGCCCAUAAUCAUCAAUCAAUCUUUAGUCAGCAUCACUUAUUAAAUUUAGGAGAUGCUAAUGUAGAUUCUGUACUAUCCAAAUCAAUGGUUCCUUUAACAUUGACUACAGAUUUAACUGGAUCCUUACAGCAGGCUUUAUCAUCAGCCAUGUCAACCUCUUCAUUAAACUCGCCCUCUCUAUCACAAUCAUCUUCUUCUUCAUCUUCUUCACCCAACGAAUUAUUCAAUAUGCUGAGCCUUUACCAGCAAAUCAAUGACAAUUCAAUGUCUACAGCGAAAGAUGAUUUCAAUUUACAUUUAUUUAAACCUCUUUACGCUUCCAAUUCACACUCUCCAACAUUUUCACUUUCAUCUUCUUCGCCUUCAACAUCGUAUCGCCCUUCAUCGUCAUCAACCUCAUCAAAUGAUCAUAAAACUCGAACAAUCAUUUUACCAAUCAUGAGUGAUUCUCUAUUCCAAUCUGCCAAUCCAUUUUACGAAGCGCUGUUACAAUCAUUAUCUUCAUCGUCAUCGUCUUCUUCACUACCUUCUGGUUCAACUUUAAAGCUUUUUCAAGAUGGCUUUACAAAUACUAAUUCUGAACUGAGUCUUGAUGGUCAAUCAAAUGUUGGUGAAUUGAGUAGUCUCUCGGGUGUUACAGGUACCAAUGAAAUGGACGAUUCAAUGCACUCAGUUACACUACCCGACUCUUUGGUUGGUACAUCAUUUGGUGUUAAAGGCCAUCCAUACGUUGUUGUAGAUGAAGAGUUUAAUGCUAAUGGGAUCGGUUUACCUGCAGGUUAUAAACCAGAUAUUUUGGGUAUUUUGGGUAAUGCAAAUCAACAGAACCCACCUUGUGCAGGUAUAUCAUCUCCUGAUGCUCAAUCAAAUAAUGGAAAAUCAGAAAGAGAGAAAGAAGAAUAUAAGCCUGAGAAAAAACCACCUUGUCUACUUCAUCAACCAAAUCAUUAUCCAAGCUCAGGCGAUCAAGAAAACAACAGAAAUGAAGAUCGCCAGCCACAAUCACACCAAUUCCAUCAACCUCGAGAACCCAAUCGAAAUCCAUCUGGACCAGAUAGUCAGACAUCAAAUGACGAUAAAGACAAAUAUCAUCGACACCGAGAUCAAGACCGUGAUCAUGACCGAGACCAGCACCGAGACGCACAACGAGAUCAGCAUCGAGAUCAACACCGAGAUCAAUAUAGAGAUCAGUAUAGAGAUUCACAACAAGAUCAAUACCGAAGUCAACACCGAAAUCAACCUCAGGGACAUCAUCUGGAUGAUGACCGAGAACCAUACAUCCCACGGAAUCGAACAAGCUUUCGAAGUAUCCCUUUCAUUAAAGGCGCUUAUAGAUACAAACCUGAUCCAGGUUAUGAAGUAGUUUAA